AUGGCGGAUCCCUCAGUCGUGAUAUUAGAAGACGCUCAGUCUGCUCAAACUGAUCGUGAAACCACGCAUCAACCUGAAAACGACCAACAUCAACCCCAACCAACCGAAGUACCAGCUGCAGUUCCUGAAUUGUCAAAGUCAGCGAAAAAGAAAUUACUCAAAGACCAGGCAUGGAAGGCUAAAAAGGAUGCCAGAACUCAAAAGAGGAGGGACAAGAAACAGGCCAGGAAAGAACUCAAAAUUCAAUUGAAGGCUGAAGGAAAGGCUUUACCUGCAAGCAUGAUGAAGAACAGGCAUCCAAACAAGUCCAAGCAGCGGCCUUCUCCUAUGGUGAUUGCUAUUGACUUGUCCUUUGAAGACUUGAUGACUGACAAGGAGCUACGUUCCUUGUGCAAACAAUUGCAACAAGGAUACGGAAUGAACAGAAAGUCUGAAAGGCCUGCACGAAUGGCACUCACGUCUCUAGGUCCCAAACUUACUGAAAGAUUAGAUGAAUCGUACGCGUCAUGGAAGAACUGGAAGGUCACAUCAGACAGCAAAUCUGUCUUCGAGCUAUAUGAAAACGAAAAGCUUGUCUAUCUCACGGCCGACUCGGAGAACGUGCUCACUGACCUGGACGAGUCCAAAGUCUACAUUAUAGGAGGAAUCGUUGAUCGAAAUCGUCACAAGAACAUAUGUCUCAAAAAGGCCACAGAAGCUGGGAUAGCAACAGCUCAACUUCCCAUAAGUGCAUUCAUAUCUAUGGCAACUCGUAAAGUGUUGACUACAAACCAAGUUGUUGAGAUCAUGACAGGAUACUUGGUGACCAAAGACUGGAAGAAAUCAUUCACAAAAGUCAUUCCAGAACGAAAAGGUUGGACUGCUAAAGAUAGUGACAAAGAUAGUGAUGGUGAUGAGCCAAUGGAAGGAGAGGGAGUAGCAGAAAGUGAUGGUGAGGAAGUGGAUGAUGACGACGGUGAAGAACGCGAAAUUGAUAAUGAUGACGAUGAGCCUCGAAUUGAAGGAUCGGCUGCUGGUUCUGAAGAAUAA